AUGAAUGGGGCACAAGGCUUCAUUCAGGCCAGCGGGUCAGGGUCUCCUCGUGAAGGCGGCCGCGGGCCUGCAUUCCCGCCUCCUCCCGUUGGUCAAGGACCGCAAAGCAGGCCUCAUAGCAGGGUUGACCUUGAUUCUCUUCACAUGCCCAUCCCCAGGAAAACCUAUAGUCCCUCUCAAUGGUCCAGGGGCCAUGAAGACGACAUGUCAUUGGCAGUUCGUCGUGAGCGGAACCCGAGAUAUCAUCCUCGCACAGCCUCACCUCGGCGGUCUGAGCUGCGGCCCCAGUACCAUGAUGCUCAGGGGAGCCGUCAUGCACUCACAGUCCUGGAUGACCUCUCUACCAUCCGUGUUGUCCAGAUAGAAAUGUGCAGACAUGACGAGGAUGGCUCUCCAGUCCAGCGCCCCUGGGAGCAGGCCAAGAUUUUUGAGCUCCACGUCACAAAUGACGCUGCUUUGCGCAAAGUUGAGCAGUUGGAGCAGCACACACUUCCAGUUCUGGACAAGUUCAAGGAGGAACUGUCGUCGCUCAUGCAGGAGAAGCUGGAGUACGCCCGUAGAUACCUGGAGGAGAAGGAGGAAGAUCCUUAUUCCUUCUCUCACGAGCUUGUCCAGUUCGAAACCAAUUUUCAGAAGGUGGAUCGUUCACUGCGAGACUCGCGUGAAGAACUCCACGAAGACUGGAGCAGAAGCGAUAAGAAGCGCAACAGGAGCAAGGACCGCAAGAGACAGAAGUCAAAGACUACCUCGAAGGGUCACAAAAAGCCCAAGAGCGACAAAGAUAGAGGACGGAGCAACAGCUCAAAACCUAAGCACAUGAUUGCACUCGUCUCUAUCACCGCUUAUUUUAAGCGGACUCUGCUCCCUGAGGAGUACCCGCAAUCCUUCAGAGAAAGUGAGGCGUCGCGGGAAGAUGAUGAGAUACGGCGGUAUCGGCGGCCUGCUGAGUACCAUCAACGCGAUCGGCGCUCUUCGGAGGGCGGUCGAGAUUCGCGUCACUUCUCAGACUACGACGAUAUGCACUCUCCGUCGCAAUACUCCUCACGUGGUGGUGCCGGUCAAGAACGCUAUCCCACCAGAGAUCAUCAUGAUUAUGAUGCAAGGUAUCAGAGCCAGGCUGGCAUGGGUCAGCAUGAAAGACCUGCUGUGAAUCAUCAGCAGCAGCAAUAUGAUAUGCAUCAACAGCACCCUCAGAACCAAGCUCACCAGCAACCCAAUAUGGGCCAGCAACAAGGUUCUGGCAUGGGUCAACAAAGGCCACAGCAACAGCAGCAGCAGCAGCAGCAUAACAUGCAUCAGCAGCCGCAGGCUGUCAUGGGUCAACAAAGGCCGCAGCAGCAGCAGCAGCAGCAGCAGCAGAACAUGCAUCAGCAGCCGCAGGCUGGCAUGGGUCAACAAAGGCCGCAGCAGCAGCAGCAGCAGCAGAACAUGCAUCAGCAGCCGCAGGCUGGCAUGGGUCAACAAAGGCCGCAGCAGCAGCAGCAGCAAAACAUGAAUCAGCAGCCGCAGGCUGGCAUGGGACAACAGAGGCCGCAGCAGCAGGACCAAAAUCACAUAAGUCCUCAAGGUUUCAAUCACCAAGACCAUCAAGGCCUUGCCCCUGCCAACCAACAGAGACAGGCUCCUACGGCCCCUCAGGGUCACGCUGGCAUGAUGCCACAACAGCAGCCUGUUAUCAAUCAGCAAAGACAGCAGCCUCAGCCUCAGCCUCAAAUGCCACAGCAGAGGCAGCCAGCUCAGCCUGGUAUGGCACCACAACAGCAGCCACAACAGCCCGCAGCGCAGCAGAAGCCACAGGGCCAGCCUAUCAUCGCUCAACCCCAGCAGCAGCAGCAGCAGCAGCCUAGUUUAAAUCCGCAAAAGCAACAGGCUCACCCUGGAAUGGCGCAACAGCCGCAGCAUAAUCAGGCUGCCAAAGUCCAACAAGCUCAGCCUGCCAUACUGCAUCAGCAUGGACAUCUGCCUCAAGGGCAGGGAGGUCAUCCUGGUGGUCCCCAGAACCCGCAGCAAAGGGCUCAAGCUAUCCCAGCACAAGUUGCGGCGCAAAUGAAAGAUCAACAAGCACAGAGGGCAAUGGGUAAAGAUAAGGGGCCUCUUCCGCCGCCCCCUCACGUUCCACCUCUUCAUAUACCACACCCAGUCUCCUCAAACAAGGACGGCAAGCACCAAGGGGAUAGAAAGGGGAAAGCCUCCUCAGGCAAGCAUCAUACCCAUCCCGGUUCGCCUCGCAUCUCUGAGGAAUCUGUUUCCGAUUACGAUGGUGCUUGGUCAGACAGUGCGAGUGACGUCUCCACCCCAGCAACGUCCACCUCGGGCGGAUCGCAUCAUAAGGUGAAGAAGAGCUCGAGACGUUAUUCAAAAGAGCACUUUGGCAUUCCCACUCGGCAUCAUGUGAAGCCCGGGAAAACUUUCAUUGAUGAACAUGGGUUUGCUCGUGAGGCCUCACCCCCCUCUCCUCGCAGAGCUUACACCGAGGACCAGAGAUACGCCCGUAGGGCCCCAUCGCCAUCUCCUCGAAGGUAUUACGAGGAUGAGUCUCGCUAUACAUACGAGAGUGCACGUUCUCCACGGCCGUCUCAUAGAAAGGGGCCAGAAUACGUGCGGCAUAUUUCACCUUCCCCUCGCCGAGGGCGGGAUGAUAUCAAGAAACACUCGAGAUAUGAGGAUUAUGCGCCGCGAAUUAUCCAGAGCGUGCGCCGGAUGACUCCAGAUGAGGUUGGCCGCGAGAUUCUCGAUGGAGAUCAGCCUUGGCGUAGAAGUGGCCACAAUCGAUCUCCUCUGGGAGAAGAUCGUGGGAAAGAUCGGGCAGGACGCCCGUACGAGAAAGACAACUUUGUUGAAAAAAUACGACGAUUUACUGAGGGGGUUCUCCAUGAGCCGAGAGACCGUGACGAGGGGCGUUAUGAGAGGAGGGAACCGAGAUCCAGGCAUAUGAGUUCUCGGGAUUAUUCCCCCUCCCCCGAGAGGCCGGUAGGAAGGCGACCAACUUAUGCAACUAGGGGAAGGGAUUGA